CCCUGCGCUCGCUUCGGCUCGGGUUACAGUUGAGCUCGAGCUGCUGCACACAGCGGAGCGCAGAGAGUUUUCUACACGGUAGGAAAAAAGGAACAUUUUAUACACCGGCAUGGAAAUGUUGGCGAGCGGAUUUAGAGCCACGGCUGGUGAGCACGUCUAAUCGUCUCUUUGCCACUUUUUGCGCCUGUGGUGUCCGAGCACUAUUUACGCACUGGCCACGCAGCAUGCCCGAGUUGGACUAGAGGCGACCCUGCCGGAGCGCAACACGCACGCGGAACAGCGCUGAGAGCCGGGAGGGAUAUUUACAACAGAAACUCAAUUCCUUUCCACAGAAGAAUAGCAGAGGGCGGAUGACUGAAAGAUAACACUGGAAUGAAGUGGACCUCGAGAUUCCCAGCGUGCUGCGGAGUUGUGACUGAUGGAUGAAUGUGGUCAUCUGUAGGCUAUAUACAGCGACAGGUACAGACACCAUCAGGGGAGCUUUGACAAAGACACGGCGCAGCGCUUGAUCGGCAGCCGCAUCGCCCAAAAAAAAACUGUGCGAUUGGUUAGAUCUGUUUCAUCACCACAUACCGAAUCGUAUCGCUGAGUUGUCUCUAUAGAGAUUUGAAAAGGUCGUCAAGGGCUGUUUUCGUCUCAGCCACAGGUCAACCAGGACACUCGGGGGCUGCUUUUUUCCUCCAGAUCCCAUCAAGAACCGAGGGCUUCUUCUUCGCACGUCCUGCGGACAGUUCAGUCAAGGACACGGGGGUCUGGAGCAGAUUUUAAGAAGUAGGACAGAAGGACAUGUAUCUGAUAUCGACCUCACAUGCUCCCGACUGAUCGACGCUCACCUUCCCAACGGGCGAACCACAGAUAAAGGCUGCCAGGCGCACUGUCCGACGCUCUGAGUUAUCGGCUCACUGUCUGUACAUUUAUCAGAAUGGCGGGACUCGGUUGUUGGAAGUAUUACCUCUGGAUCUUUAUUUUAAUGUGUAGGUCGGCUUUACCCUCAGCAAAAUCGUUGGAGACUAUAAUUUGGAGCUCGCAGAAUUCCAAGUUUGUGGCUGGAAAGGGCCUGGUGAUCUACCCAGACAUUGGGGACAAACUGGACAUCAUCUGUCCCAAAGCGGACCAAGGCAGAGAGUAUGAGUUCUACAAGCUGUACCUGGUGAAGAGGGAGCAGGCGGAGAGCUGCAGUACAGUCCUCGAUCCAAAUGUCUUGGUCAACUGUAACAAGCCGGAGAAGGACAUCAAAUUCACCAUCAAAUUCCAGGAGUUCAGCCCCAACUACAUGGGCCUGGAGUUCAAGAGGAACGUCAACUACUACAUCACCUCAACCUCCAACGGUACAGUAGAGGGCCUGGAGAACCGGGAGGGAGGUGUGUGCAAGAGCCGAGCCAUGAAAGUCAUCAUGAAAGUCGGGCAAGUCCCGAACCCCGUGGUGCCGGAGGCUCCAGAAGACAACGCCAUACCGGAGUCCAGUCCCAGUCCGCCUGACCAGGGUCAUAUCGGACCCGAGAUGCCAGGAAACUCUGACCACAUAAAUCAGGACCAGUCUGGUUCCUCUGCAAACUCGGAUGGCAUCCUCGGCUCCAAAGUGGCCGUGUUCUCCGCCAUCGGGGCCGGCUGCAUCAUCUUCCUCCUGCUCAUCCUCCUCCUUGUCAUUCUGCUCAUCAAGAUGCGCAAGCGCGCCAGGAAAAAUGCCCACUCGCAGCCACGCCCCUCCGCGCUGUCUCUCAGCACGCUGUCCAAUCCCAAGCUGCCGGCGGGCACGGCUGGCACGGAGCCCAGUGACAUCAUCAUUCCGCUGCGGACAGAGAACAACUACUGCCCUCACUAUGAGAAGGUGAGCGGCGACUAUGGCCACCCCGUCUACAUUGUCCAGGAGAUGCCCCCGCAGAGCCCUGCCAACAUCUACUACAAAGUCUGACACGCUCCGCACAGCCAGCGAUAGAGCCAGGAGAGAGAAAGAGAGAGGAGCGCUUGAUUUAUGUUCUUGGGAAGAACACUUUCCUUUGCGUUUUGGGGACUUGAUGGUUUCUUCAAGCCCUGUUAUUUCUACCACCUGCUGCACAAAUCUGGAGAGACACGCACUGACCAGUAACCAGCGGGCUUGUGAGCUGACUGACGAGAAAAGUUUAUUCUGUUUGUUUGGGUUGUCUGACAAUCCCCCCCACCCCCCACCCCUCCUCCCCUCACCUCUUCACCUCCAACCUUUUUACGUCUCCCUGCUGUGCUCCGCCAUGGGGGCGUGGCUGGAGCGAACCAACAGAUGGAACUCUAGCUUCCUUGUUGGCUGUCCCCUUUAACGGGCAGGAUAUAACUUAUCUCAGAUCCCUGAAGUACAGUCUGUGCUACACCCAAUUAAACACACCAUCCUAGCACACUAGCCAGGAACAGGCAGACACAGGCCUCCGAACGCCACUCAGCCUGCAGUUUGUGUGCAAGCAUAAAAUGUGUGUGUGUGUGUGUGUGUGUAUGUGUGUAUCUCUGUGUGCAUGUGUGCGUGUGUGUGUUAGUCAGGGCUCCGUGCUGGGCCAGGAAACUCUCCAGAUAGCUCAGGUUUCAGACACAGUGUGUGAAAUAAUGUGUUCCUCUCCCUUCGCACCUCUGAUGUUUGCCUUACUUACUAUUUUUGAUGGAGGAUUUUCUCGACCCUGAUUCAGUUCACAAAGCAGUUGUAUUUUGUUAGACUUUUCCUACAAGUGCACAAUGUAUAGAGUUGAAUAGAUCAUCAUUAUCACUCCAUUAUCUCACCACCCACGUCAUCCAUUGCGUUCACCCCCCCCUCUCCCCUUUCCCGAGAAAGUACCUUGCCCUGGACUUUGGAUGUCAAGGUGUGUAUGUGUAUGUCUGUUUCCGGGAUUACUCCCUUCUCCACUGGUCUGAUAGGAGCUUUACCAUUACUCUGGUAUUUAUGACCUACUUGUGUGUGUGCGUAUGUGUGUGUGUAUGUGUGUGUAUGCGUGUGUGGGCAUGUCCAGACCAGUCUUGUAUCUGGGCAGACUUCUUGGCUUAGGGGCAGAACAUUGAGUUACUGUAUCACAAGCUUCAAAAACAAGACAGACUGAGGCGCCGACAGACAGACAUGCCCAAGAUCUUAACGAAAACUCUUCCAGUGCUGAUGAGCUUACGGAGAGAUGGUUUUUAAGACAGCAGGCACAUUAAAAUCUGUUUGUUCUAGCUUCUGCUGCUACAGUGUAAGCAUCAAACAGUUAGUUUGGUUCCCGCUGUCUGGGCUAGGUGGGUGUAGGUUGGAUUGGCAGCAUUUAUUGGCUGGCCUACAUAGGUAGGAUGCCCUAUAUAUAAGUUGGAUGGCGAACCACGGCUGAACAUUGGGAUACAGUAUUGUCACAUGCCAAUUGGCUGCCAUCUGUAGAUGAGUCAGUGGAGUGCUCAGUCAGUGGUGUCGCCAGCGUGUGACUAAUCUAUGUGCCAUCUCCAUGCCCACACUCACCAGCCGGGGAGGAGAGAGAGCGAGAGUGGCGGAUAAAGGAGAAAAUGUUCCUGUGACUUGGCUUUAACCUGAGAGGAAGAUGGC